AGCUCUUGGGCUGCUUCCGGCCACCUCAGCGGGAAGCGGAGACCGAGGCGCUUGUGUCUUAGGAAAUUGAGGUAGAGGUUUUACUGUCCUACUACCAAAGGAAGUGAGAACGAGACGUCCGGCAGUGAGGGCCACUACUGGGUCCCCGUAGCCAGUGAAUAUGGUGUUGCUAACGAUGAUCGCCCGAGUGGCGGACGGGCUCCCGCUGGCCGCGUCGAUGCAGGAGGAUGAACAGUCUGGCCGAGACCUUCAACAGUAUCAGAGUCAGGCUAAGCAACUCUUUCGAAAGUUGAAUGAACAAUCCCCUACGAGAUGCACCUUGGAAGCAGGAGCCAUGACUUUUCACUACAUUAUUGAACAGGGAGUGUGUUACUUGGUUUUGUGUGAAGCUGCCUUCCCUAAAAAGUUGGCUUUUGCCUACCUAGAAGAUUUACAUUCAGAAUUUGAUGAACAACAUGGGAAGAAGGUGCCCACUGUAUCUAGACCAUAUUCCUUUAUUGAAUUUGAUACCUUCAUUCAGAAAACGAAGAAGCUCUACAUUGACAGUCGUGCCCGGAGAAACUUAGGCUCCAUCAACACCGAGUUACAAGAUGUGCAGAGGAUCAUGGUGGCCAAUAUUGAAGAAGUUUUGCAAAGGGGAGAAGCACUGUCAGCAUUGGAUUCAAAGGCUAACAAUUUGUCCAGUUUGUCCAAGAAAUACCGCCAGGAUGCGAAGUACUUGAACAUGCGUUCCACUUACGCCAAACUCGCAGCUGUAGCUGUAUUUUUCAUCAUGUUAAUAGUGUAUGUGCGAUUCUGGUGGCUGUGAAGUAGUAAAUACAGUCACUGGUAAGGGAGAACCUAGAACCUGGCAGGUAUAUGUUUUCAGGAAGCUGAGCUCACAGGGAUAUGUAUUAGAACCCAAGUGGAACUUCUGCCUCCAAGGACCUUGCAAGAAAAGACACAUCCUGAGAAUGAAAGAUCUUUAUUUAAUGAAGCUUCACCCUAUGUGGAAAGUCUCUUUUGGGGGCAGAGACUUUCUCGGGUGCUAAGCCAUAUAAGUUAGGGAACAGUAAAUUGUUUAGUUUUCUUUUCCUUCCCAGUAAGUUUUUAAAACAGCACUGACUGGGACAUUCUGAACCUCUCCUAGAGCCAUCAGUGGGAUGUAAGGUAACCAACCUGUGCUAGCAGCACUCUGAAAUUCCUUCAAAGAAGGCAGCCAUUUGGGAAGUUUUUUUACUUUAAGUAACAUUCCUUUUAUUUGUGAGUUUCAGUAAUCUGAGUUUUUGAUGGCCUUUCAAUCCAGACUCCAAGUAUGUGAAGGUUAAUUGCUAUGCUGCACAGAUCCUGUCUGUUGGCCCCUAGAGGAAGCAAACUUUUGUUGUUUUCCUUUUAUGAUAUUUCGCUUAUUUUCUAGUUGCUUUAGUGUUAAAUGAAUUAUGUUAAGAUGCCUUGAAAUUACAUAGCACUCUUUGAUUUACUAUUUGAACAUAAAAGACUUACAUAGUUUGGAAUAUUAUUAAAUUUAUUUUACAGCAUUUGGUUAUAAUAAUAUAAGCGCAGUAUAGCAUAGUAUAGCCAGAGGCCCAUGGCUUAACAAAAAGAAAGGCCCAGCCUACAGUUUGUCGUCCCUCUUACUUACCUUAUUCACUACAGUUCUCCCCUCUCCUUGUUUCUCUUCUGCAGCAGUUCGCUAACAUUUUAAAAAUUCCCUUGGCCCAGUAAUUUCACAUCCCAUAAAUAUCCUCAGGAUAUUCUCAAAUUUUAAAAUGGAAAGUGUUCAGUUGUAUAGGUAUUUAAAUUUAAAAAUUGCAGAUCAGCCACUAAAACUUCUCACUUCGUUUAUUUGAGAAGUCUCUGAGAGUACUGCAUUCCUAUUUCAGUUUAUAUAAAUUCUCCAGAAAUGUUCUAGAGAUAGUUAAUUCAUUUGCGGUGGUUGCUACAAAUAAAAAUACAUAUAAUUAUUUUUCUUUUUUGCUCAGGAAUAAUGGGUAUUUCCUUUUUCUUCUGAGAUGGAAUUUUUUAAAUGGGGAGAAUAGGGCUUUUGAAUACUAUCACAAAGGUCUACAGUCUGUAUAACCUGUAACUCCUAUGCAUACCACAAAUAUUUCUUUACAUUGCAUAAAGAAGAUGAGCAAACUCCUUAUGUCUGAACAUCUCUGGAAAGAUAAUUUGUGGCAAGUUUAUGACCCAAAGGAAUCAUCAGAGCUACUGUCCUGAUUCCUGGUAGGUAAAACAGUCUUAUUUCCUUAUAAUAAGGCAAGUGGAAAUGCUUAUUUUUAUUCCUUAUAAUUUGCAAAACUAGAGUAAUUAUUUUUCAUUCUACUAUGGGCCUAAAAUUUGUUUAUUGAGUUUUCUGCAUGAAGUCAGAGAUUACUUUUUACAGAGAGUAAGUGCUUUUAAGUCCCUAAAAUAUUUAUUCCUUGAGUAAUGAUACUAAAAAUAAAAGUCUUUGACAGGCUGAGAACCUAAAUAGUGGUACCAUAGCAUUUGGUGCAUUUGUAGAAGUAAGGGCAGCAGCUCAUUGUUGAGAGUUGCAUGCUGCAACCCAAUGGUCAGCAAUGAAAUAAAUAUUUCCAGAAUGUU